AUGGAGAAGGACGAUCUGGAGAUUGGCAUCAUCGGUAUGGGCGAUAUGGGGCGCAUGUACGCCCACAAGUUGGCUGCUGCAGGGUGGAAGCAUGUGAAUGUAUGCGAUCGGCCCGAAGAAUAUGAGCGUUUGCGCGAGGACCUGCAGGGCACGGGCCUGAACGUACUCCGUGAUGGGCACCAAGUCGCGCGGCGGAGCGAUUUUACCAUGUACUCCGUCGAGUCCGGCCACAUUGACAAGGUUGUCGCGCAGUACGGCGCGUCGCACAAACUGGGGUCGAUUGUCGGCGGACAGACCUCUGUAAAAGCACCGGAGCGUGCCGCGUUCGAAGCAUACUUACCGCCCGAUGUGCAUAUCGUCUCCUGUCACUCUCUUCAUGGCCCUCAAAUCGACUCCAACGGCCAGCCGCUUGUUUUGAUCCAGCACCGCGCGGCAGAAGACAUUUUACACGUCGUUGAGCGGAUCUUGGCGUGUCUCGAAUCGCGGUACGUCUACAUGAGCUACGAGGAGCACGAUGUGGUCACCGCGAAUACGCAGGCUGUCACACACGCAGCGUUCCUUACGAUGGGCACCGCUUGGAGCGAGUCAAAAGAGUACCCCUGGGAGACGGGCCGCCAUCCCGGCGGGAUCGAGAUGGUCAAAAUAUAUCUGUGCCUUCGCAUCUACGGCGCAAAAUCACACGUUUAUGCUGGGCUUGCGCUCUUGAACCCUGCCGCACGCAUCCAAGUGACGCAGUACGCAGCCAGUUCAUCAGACCUGUUCAAGCUCAUGCUCACGAGCCAGUACGAUGCACUCGUUGAGCGUGUUUUUGCCGCGCGCCGCAGUGUAUUUGGCUGGGCCGACGACGAGGUGGGCGGCGCAGACGGAACGGGACGACCUAUGCUCAUGACGGACGAGAUGCUCGACGAGUUCUACGUGAUUGCUCAGCGUGUCACGCGCGGCGAGCAGGCCGGCAAAGAGGCCGCCGAGGCCGUCAAGACGCUCCAUGCACCGCCGAACUCCCACCUUUCGCUUCUGGCGAUUGCCGACUGCUGGCACGUACUCGGCGUUGAUCCGUACCGCCACUUGGAACUUGCCGCGACGCCCGUGUUUCGCAUGUGGAUCGGCGUGACGCAGUACAUGUUUCAGUCGCCGCAGCGGCUCCUGGACGCCUGCCGCGCGGCGAUCAAGGAUACCCGUUUCCGCACCGAUGAUCUCGAGUUUGUCAUUGCUGCGCGCGGCUGGGCACAAGCCGUGCAGUUUGGCGACUUUGACGCGUACAAGCGGCGUUUUGAGCAACCGCACGCCUUCUUUAAGCCGCGGCUUGCCGAGGCGCACAAGGUCGGCGCGGAAAUGCUCAAAGAACUCUCCCAUACACGCUAG